GCUUCCUUUAAUUAGAAAGUUUCUGACUUGGAGCUUCCACAAAACGUGAUUCAUGUGUUAAAUGCAGUCAGAGGUGUUUGAGUUGUGUGGCUCUUCAGCACGACUGAAGCAGAAAAUAAAUACAACUUUUUUUUUCCCUCCACUGGUAUUGGACUUGUGAAAUGCUGCUGUGGACCUCUUUCCAGGAUAACGAACACCGAAACAUCUAAUUGCGGAUGAGUCCCUCGUUCCAAGCAUCACAUGCUUUCUGAUACGUGGUACGGAUUCUUCAGACCGCUGACCUUUGCAGAGCGCCCUUGGCUGUGCCAGCAGAGAAGCACGCUGGCAGCUUGAAGAUGUUUUGUCUGGCGUUUGAGCAGAAGCGAAAACUUAUUGCUGGUGGAAACAGAUGAGAGGGCAGAAAAUGCAGCGUGUGCCGAGGUUUUGGAUGUCUGGCAUUGUCUGAUGGUGAUCGGCCGUGGCAGUUUGUUCUUCUGUGUUGAAAGAUGGGCUUUCUGGCAGAGACCAGCCAGUAGAGCUGUUGAAUCCACCUAGAGUGAACCACAUGCCUAGCUCUGUUGAUGUGACCACAGCACUGCCCUUGCAAGUUGCACCGACUUCAGUCCCAAUGGACCUGCGCUUGGACCACCAGUUUCCCAUGCCCGUGACGGAGCCAACACUGCGGGAGCAGCAGCUGCAGCAGGAGCUCCUGGCACUGAAGCAGAAGCAGCAGAUCCAGAGACAGAUCCUCAUCGCCGAGUUCCAGCGGCAGCACGAGCAGCUUUCCCGGCAGCACGAGGCCCAGCUGCAUGAGCACAUCAAACAGCAGCAGGAGAUGCUGGCGAUGAAGCACCAGCAGGAGCUGUUGGAGCACCAGAGGAAGCUGGAGCAGCACCGACAGGAGCAGGAGCUGGAGAAGCAGCACCGAGAGCAGAAACUGCAGCAGCUAAAAAACAAAGAGAAAGGAAAAGAGAGUGCGGUGGCAAGCACAGAAGUAAAGAUGAAGUUACAAGAAUUUGUCUUAAAUAAGAAGAAGGCAUUGGCACACCGGAAUCUCAACCACUGUAUAUCCAGUGACCCUCGCUUCUGGUAUGGGAAGACACAGCACAGCUCUCUGGACCAGAGCUCCCCUCCCCAAAGUGGCGUAUCCGGCACCUACAAUCACCCUGUACUGGGGAUGUACGAUUCCAAAGAUGACUUCCCGCUCAGAAAAACAGCGUCUGAACCCAACCUGAAGUUACGAUCCAGACUAAAGCAAAAAGUUGCUGAAAGGCGGAGCAGCCCCCUCCUGCGCAGAAAAGAUGGUCCGGUGGUUACUGCUCUUAAGAAGCGCCCGCUGGAUGUCACAGACUCUGCAUGCAACAGUGCUCCUGGAUCUGGUCCCAGCUCUCCAAACAACAGCUCCAAUAACAUAAGCGCCGAGAAUGGAAUUGCAGGAUCAGUCACGAGUAUUCAAGCAGAGACCAGCCUGGCUCACAGACUUGUGAAUCGCGAGGGCUCAGUAACGCAGCUUCCGCUCUACACGUCUCCGUCUUUGCCCAACAUCACGCUAGGACUACCUGCAACUGGCCCUUCCAGCGGAGGAUCAGCACAGCAGGAUGCAGAGAGACUGACUAUCCCAACCUUACAGCAGCGGAUCUCUUUGUUUCCUGGCACUCACCUCACUCCCUACUUGAGCACUACAACAUUGGAAAGAGAUGGGGGAACUGCACAUAACCCUCUUCUGCAACACAUGGUCUUACUGGAACAGCCAACUGCACAAACGCCCUUAGUCACAGGACUGCCCCUCCAUGCACAGUCUCUGGUUGGUGGAGAACGGGUCUCCCCUUCAAUACACAAACUCCGUCAGCAUCGCCCGCUGGGGCGCACGCAGUCUGCUCCCCUUCCCCAGAACGCCCAGGCCCUCCAGCAGUUAGUGAUCCAGCAGCAGCACCAGCAGUUCUUGGAGAAACACAAACAGCAAUUCCAGCAACAGCAACUGCACAUCAACAAGAUUAUAUCAAAACCCAACGAACCAGCUCGCCAGCAUGAAAGCCACCCUGAGGAGACAGAAGAAGAGUUACGGGAACACCAAGCCCUUUUGGAGGAGCCAUACAGCGACAGAGUCGCAAGCCAAAAGGAGGCUCCAGGGUUGGCCAACGUGGUGCAAGUGAAGCAAGAACCCAUCGAGAGCGAUGAGGAGGAAGCGGAGCCGCAGCAGGAGCUGGAGGCUGGGCAGAGGCAGGCUGAGCAGGAGCUGCUCUUCCGUCAGCAAGCCCUUCUGUUGGAGCAGCAGCGUAUCCACCAGCUGAGAAACUACCAGGCGUCGCUGGAGGCAGCCGGCAUGCCCGUCUCUUUCGGAGGACAUCGGCCCCUGUCCCGCGCACAGUCCUCGCCCGCCUCGGCCACCUUCCCGAUGUCCGUACAGGAGCCACCCACUAAGCCAAGGUUCACAACAGGCCUUGUAUAUGACACCUUGAUGCUAAAACACCAGUGUACCUGUGGAAACACAAACAGCCACCCAGAGCACGCAGGGAGGAUCCAGAGCAUCUGGUCCCGGCUCCAGGAGACGGGUCUCCGUGGCAAGUGUGAGUGCAUUCGCGGAAGAAAAGCAACUCUAGAAGAGCUGCAGACAGUUCACUCAGAAGCCCAUACGCUGCUGUACGGCACAAACCCUCUGAACAGACAGAAACUGGACAGCAAGAAACUUCUAGGUUCUCUAACGUCGAUGUUUGUCAGGCUUCCUUGCGGUGGUGUCGGGGUCGACAGUGACACAAUUUGGAAUGAAGUUCACUCGUCUGGUGCUGCUCGGCUGGCCGUGGGCUGUGUCAUUGAGCUCGUUUUCAAAGUGGCCACAGGAGAACUGAAGAAUGGAUUUGCUGUUGUUCGGCCUCCAGGUCACCACGCAGAAGAGAGCACACCCAUGGGUUUCUGCUAUUUUAACUCUGUGGCAAUUGCAGCCAAGCUGCUCCAGCAAAGACUGAAUGUUAGCAAAAUCCUUAUAGUGGACUGGGAUGUUCACCAUGGGAAUGGUACUCAGCAAGCUUUCUACAAUGAUCCUAAUGUUCUUUAUAUUUCACUACAUCGCUAUGAUGAUGGGAACUUCUUUCCAGGCAGUGGUGCUCCCGAUGAGGUUGGCACCGGAGCAGGAGUUGGUUUCAAUGUUAACAUGGCCUUUACUGGUGGCCUUGAUCCACCGAUGGGAGACACAGAGUAUUUAACUGCUUUCAGAACGGUAGUAAUGCCCAUUGCCAACGAAUUUGCCCCAGAUGUUGUGCUGGUGUCAUCUGGUUUCGAUGCGGUGGAAGGCCAUCCCACACCUCUCGGAGGAUAUAAUCUAUCAGCAAAAUGUUUCGGGUACCUGACGAAGCAGCUGAUGGGCCUGGCCGGGGGUCGCGUUGUCCUGGCCCUGGAAGGAGGCCACGACCUGACAGCCAUUUGUGAUGCCUCGGAAGCGUGUGUUUCUGCUUUGCUGGGGAACGAGCUUGACCCUCUUCCAGAAAAGGUUUUCCAGCAGAGGGCAAAUGCUAAUGCGGUGCAUUCAAUGGAAAAAGUAAUCGAGAUACACAGCAAGUAUUGGCAUUCACUCCAGCGUUACUCCUCCACGGUGGGGUACUCCCUGGUUGAGGCGCAGAAGUGUGAGAAUGAGGAGGCGGAGACGGUAACAGCCAUGGCGUCCCUGUCAGUGGGCGUGAAGGCAGCUGAGAAGAGACCUGAUGAUGAACCCAUGGAAGAGGAACCUCCCCUGUAGCAUUCACCUUCAAGCUGGAGUUCUGUUUGUUCGUCUUCGUCUUGAAGCUCUGCCAAGAAGCUUUCUCUUGUUACUCCUGUGUCCUGUCAUGGUUUUUUCCAGAAUACAGAAGGACAACCAGGUGUAAAACAAAGCAACCGAAAAAUAUCUCACUCAUAUCUACAUGCGUCUACAGUAUAUAUUUGCUGAAAAAGAAAAAUGCUGGUGAAGAGCAGUAAAGGACUGACAAUGCUGGGCACUCUUCCUCUGAUCCUCGCUGGGAGCAGAAAGGGGAACGACGCCCGUGAAGUCUUUGGCAAAGUUGCCAAAAGAAAAAAUCAUCAAAGAUUCAACAACACAUACGAAAAUAAAACAAAUAAACCUUAACAUAGAACUGGUGCUUACAAUUUGAUUACCCACAAUUCAGCAAUCUCCGCUUGAACCACUCGACCCAUCUUGUAGUUUCAUUUCUUGGACUUUUUAAAUGGCUCUUGCCUGCCUGUGAGUCAACGACAUUCUUGUCGAAACCAGAACAAUGGGAGAUGGUGCAUUUUUAACGGGGAGGGACAGGGAAAGAGGGACUGGUCUUACAUCUAAAGGAAAGGGAAAGAGAAGGGGGGAAAUGGUAGCCCAGAUGGAGUCGGCUUUAUUGUCUCCAAAGCCAUCUGAAGAUGAGUUUGUGCCUUUUUUUUUAAUUGAUGGAUUUGGUGCAGCUGGAUUUUCUGAAGUUUGAGGAACAAUGCCUUAAGUAAACAAACAAACAAACAAACAAAAAAGUAAAAAAAAAAAUAAUAAUAAUAAAAUAAAA